AGUAACGGGAGAGACGCCCAGUCAACAUCUGAGCGCAGGAUGGCUGAGGAAGAAGUUGAGAAGAUUAUUCAUCACACCAAGCGUAUUUUUAUCAACAACCUUGACUCCUAUGCCUCGAAAUGUAUCGCAAAGUUCUUGUCUGCCUGUGUAGUGGGUGCGUCCCUGGUUGAAACUGACGAGCCAGAGGUGGAGGAAGGGGAAGAGAGGCUAUCAAAAGAUGACCAUCCAAAAGUCAAAGACGGAACCUUUCAAAUUGUCGGAACUAUUGCAAACAAAAACGAAAGAAGACCAAGUUAUGUGUUGGAUCAAUAUUUUCAACUGAAAAGGGAAGAACUCCUGGAGCGCCUAAUGGAGUGUGAUAUCAUAAUUUACAACAUCACUGAGGAUGCUGACCAGAUGGAGGAGGCCUCUUGGGUAAUCUCAGCCCUUCAUGCUGAGAUGGCCAGGUUCAGUCAGCCAAAGAUGUUCAUCCUCAUAUCAACUGUAAUGACCUGGGCUCUCAGCAAGCCUGUCGAUGCGGAUGACCCUGAGAUUCCAUUCACUGAGGAAGACUACAGGAGAAGAAGAGCCCAUCCCAACUUCAAAGAGCAUAUCAACGUUGAAAAACUUGUGGUCAAAAUGGGCAAAACGAAAAGUUCAUUGCUCUCCACAUACGUAGUGGCCUCAGGAGUUCAGUAUGGAAUGGGAGAGCAAGUCUUCCACUUCUUCUUCAAGACAUCUUGGUUGGGAGACUUGCCCAAAGUCCCUAUCUUCGGAGAAGGCACCAAUGUAAUUCCUACUAUUCACAUCAAUGAUCUUGCAGGUGUGAUCCAGAAUGUAAUUGACCACAAGCCAAAACCACAUUACUUAGUCGCUGUGGAUGAUUCCAAGACCACUAUCGAUGACAUUGUAAAGACAAUAGCCGAUGUGGUGGGGCCAGGAAAGACCAAGAGAGUGCCAAAAGAGGAUGCUUUUCUCACUCGGGAUUUGAGACAAAUGGACAUUGAUGCUCUGUUUGUCAACCUUCGGAUUGAGGCUGUCUACCUGAAAGAGAGCUUCAACAUCCACUGGGUGUGUGAGUCUGGUCUCAUAGACAACAUUGACCGUGUUGUGGAGGAAUACAAGCAAACCAGGGGCCUGCUGCCCAUCCGAGUGUGUAUCAUCGGCCCUCCAGCGGUGGGAAAGAGCACAGUAGCAGAGAGGAUCUGUAAACACUACAAACUGCACCACAUCAGACUCAAGGAAACUAUCACUGAGACCCUUGCACACCUGGAGUCUAUCGUUAGGAUGGAGGACGGAGAGACUGAGGCAGAGGAUUCUGCCACCUCAUCAGAACUCCUGGAGACUUUGAAGGAGAACAUGGAUCAAAAUGGAGGUCGACUGGAUGACCAGUAUGUGAUCAGGAUCAUGAGAGACAAGCUGAAGUCAAAGCUGUGCAGGAACCAGGGUUUUGUCCUGGACAGCUUUCCCAAGACAUAUGAACAGGCCAAGGACCUGUUCUAUGCUGAUGAUGAUGAGCCAGAGGAUAUGAGGUCAAAGAUCCCUCCAUUCAACAAGAAGAUAAUUCCAGAGUUUGUGUUCUCCCUGGAUUCCUCCGAUGCAUUCCUGAAGAACCGUGUCCUGAACCUCCCGGAGAGCCUGGUGGAGGGAACGUCCUAUUCCCAGGAGCAGUUCCUGCGCCGCCUUGCCAGGUUCCGGGAGAGCAACGUGGAGGACGAGACCGUCCUCAACUACUUUGAAGAGCUAGAUAUUCACCCGGAGCACAUUGAUAUCACCAGCAGUGACGACCAGGAGUACCUGGUGGUGACAGAGCGGAUCAUCAAGUCAGUGGGCAAGCCUAAGAACUACGGCCCCACCAGCCAGGAGCUGGAGGAGGAGGAGAGGAGGAGCGCAGACCGCCGGCUGAGAACGGAGGCCCAGAAGAGGGCUGACACAGAGAGGCGGGAGACAGAGGAGGCCCAGCAGAGAGCAGCCCGCUGGGAGGAGUGGAGUAAGUGUCUGGAGGAGGUGAAGAAGCAGGAGCAUGAUCUCCUGGAGGUCCAGGCUGUUCCCCUGAGAAACUAUCUGAUGAAGAACGUCAUGCCCACUCUCACCCAGGGCCUCAUCGAGUGCUGCAAGACCAGGCCUCAGGACCCCGUUGAUUUCCUGGCAGAAUAUCUCUUCAAGAGCAACCCCCAAGUCGAGUGAAAUGGGACUUGUCUUCAGGAUUUAUAACCUCAUAUCAGUACCAUCUACAAUGCAGAUUUGUACUCACAUCAUAUUUAAAAGUGAUUUAGUAAAAGCCUUUUCUCGCAAGAGUUUUUAUUUUGAUUAUAUUUAGGGGGGAUUCUUAUACAUUUACAGUAUAUUGUAGCUGUGUUAUA